AUGCCCACGCGUGGACGCGACCCGCCUUCCUCGCCCUCCGCCUUCAGCCGUCCUCCAAAGAUUGCAAAGAUGGACGACGCGGUCGACAUCACAGAGGCGACCACUGCGCUUGCUGUCGGCUCGGGAACGUCGUCGCGCAACACGCCCGUGCCCUCCGGACGGCCAGACGCAAAGGCACGCCGGUACGAUCGCCAGCUCCGUCUCUGGGCAUCAGCGGGGCAGCGAUCUCUCGAGUCGGCGCGCAUCCUCCUUGUGGGCCACGACGCGGUGGGGUGCCAGGCGCUCAAGAAUCUCGUGCUUCCUGGUGUUCAUCACUUUACCAUCCUCUCCGACGCCGCCACGACCGCUGCUGAUGUCGCGUCGAACUUCUUCCUGGAGCCAACGUCGAUCGGGCAGCCCAUUGCCAAAGAGGAGGUCCGGUUCCUCUGCGAGCUCAACCCUGCCGUAACUGGCGAGGCACGCGUUGCGGACGCUGGUGCUCUGCUCGAUAGUGAUCCGGCCUUCUACCUCUCCUUCAAUCUGAUUAUCACAUCCAACGUUCCUCCUGAACUUGAGGAGCGCAUUGCUGAACUCCUGUGGCAGACAUCGUCAAAGCCCGAAAAGCCAGACAUCCCGUUGAUGUCGGUUCGCACUUCAGGCUUGACAGGCCGGCUUCAGAUCCAGGUUCGCGAGCACUGCGUCGUGGACACACACCCCGAUACCACACACACGCUCCGCAUUGAUGCACCGUUUCCCGCGCUCGAGGAAUACGCGUGCGGUCUCGAUCUCGAGUCGAUGGACUCGCAUGUUCACUCCCACAUCCCAUGGGUGGUGCUCCUCGUUCGCGCCACAAGCCACUGGAAGGCUAGCCACAGCGGAAAUCUUCCGACGAGCAAGGAGGACAAGGAGGAGUUCAAGAAGCUGCUGAACAGUUGGCGCAUGAAGCAUGACGAGGAGAACUUUGACGAGGCGGUUGGACAAUCAUAUCGGGCCUCCGUUGCAUCUGAGCUACCUUACGACAUCGCGGAGCUAAUCAAUGACCCUGCUAUUGUCAACGUCUCUCCUAGUUCGAAGAAUCUCCAAAUCCUCCUCCACACAUUACGACGCUUCAUGGAAGUGCCACCCAAGCUCCCUCCCGUGGCGCCUUCGCUGCCGGACAUGCACUCGUCGACCGAGUCGUACGUGAAGGUACAGCAGCUGUACAAGCAGGCGUUCCAGGAGGACUUGGCCAAGUUCUCGUCUAUUCUCACCGGUGUGCUCAAGGAGAUUGGAUUGCCGGAGGAUGCCGUGUCCGAGACGGAGGUGGAGGCGUUUGUCAAGAACGUCGGAGGCGUUGCCAUUGUCGAGGGCACCUCGCUGCUCACAGCCAAGGCGUACGAGGGCGGGAUGAAGGACCGCAUUGAGGAGGACUUUCCCUUUGGAGAAGGCGAGGAGCUUAUGCCUGGCUACGGCUCGGAGAUCAGUAUCGUGCUUGCGAUUCUGGCAUCGGAGCAGUUUUACAAGGCAUUUGGUCACUGGCCAGGGGGCACCGACGGCGACAUGGAAACGGACGUUGCCGAGGUCGAACGCUUUGCGCGCAAGGCGAUGGCGACGGUACACGCCGAGACGGACUCUGACGAGCUCCCGACAAAGCUGACCAAUGCCAUCGGCGAGGUGGUGCGUGGGGGGUUCCUCACACCGCCAAACACGGCCGCAUUCAUGGGCGGUAUCGUGGGCCAGGAGGCGAUCAAGCUGGUCACGAAUCAGUACCAGCCGCUGGACAACACGGUGGCGAUUGACCUGGUCAAGAGUGGGAUCGAGAAGUUCAAGCUGUGA